AUGCAUAUCUCGCCAAUCGAGUCCCUGGAGAAUUUGAUAAAAUCUAGACAAAAACUACGCUCUCUCCGGAAAACAAGAAAAAUCGCCGAAAUAAAUACCCUGCUCCUGUACGAUACUUUGAGUUGGAACAAUGUAUAUGAUACAUAUUGGCCCUACACAGACACUCAGGAUAUCAAGCCAUUGUGCAUCGCACACCUGGACGCUUUACAACUUGCUUCAAGUGAAGUGAAUAUUUCUUCAUUCCGAGAAUUCAGUAUGAAUCAGAAACAUGUGUACAUACUGGCCAUGGCUGGUGUAAUUACUCUGGCGAUUGUCUUUCUCAGAUUGUCGAACUGUGUGUCGUUGCCUGCGGUAUUCAUCGACAGGACACAAUCCAUGCACGACCCUCAGCCGGCCCCUCAGAAGUCACCAGAAGAGUAUGAACCGGACAUACAAAUAGAAAAUAUUGAACAAAUAAACCUUCUAGGGAAAACUUGUAGUCUCAAAACGUCGACGGAUCCGGAGGAUGUCUUCAGGUAUAUGGACACCAUCACCAUAAGGUGUAAUACGCCUUACGGGUCGCAUACAUAA